CAGCGGCCAAUCCGCGCCAGAGGAGCGCAGGGCCCCUUGAGAGAGAAGGGGGGGCGAGGGACUCCCCCGAGCAGGGGUCGUGACAGGGCUGCGCGGGCGGGCUGUCCGGGAUAUAAAGAGCCGGGAAACGCUCGGCCGGUUCCAGAGCGCCGAUGCCCCACAGCCUCCUCCCAGCCCAGCGGCGAGGAUGGAAGAGAUGAUGGACGGCUGUCCGUUUUCGCCCCCCUCGGCCGGCUUCUUCUACGCUAGCUCUCCCUACGCCCCUUCUUGCCCCGAGGAGGAGGAGGAGGAGGAGGAUUUCGGCCAGAGGGUGGCCCCCGCCUCCUUCCGAGACCCCCCGGCGGAGCCUCCCCGGGUCUCGGACGGCGAACAACACGUCCGCGCCCCAACGGGCCACUCGCAGGGCGGCCCCUGCCUGCUCUGGGCUUGCAAAGCCUGCAAGAAGGCGGCGAGCCCGGGGGACCGGCGCAAGGCGGCCACUCUGCGGGAAAGGCGGCGGCUGAAGAAGGUCAACCAGGCUUUCGAGGCGCUCAAGCGCUGCACCUCGGCCGGCGGCGCCGGCCAGCGGCUGCCCAAAGUGGAGAUCCUGCGCAACGCCAUCAGCUACAUCGAGAGCCUGCAGGAGCUGCUGCGGGAGCAGGUCCAGCACUUUUACGGGCUGCCCGCGCCCGGCUGCUCCGAGCCCCCCAGUCCCAACUCCUGCUGCUCCGAUGGCCUGACUGAAGGCAGCAGCCCCCUGUGGUCCAGAAGGAACAGCACUUAUAGCAAGAGUUACUGCUCUGAUCUCCAAAAUGUCUACCUCUCAGAAGCAAGCACUACCCUCUCCAGCCUGGACUGUUUAUCCAGCAUAGUGGAUAGAAUCUCUUCCUCGGAUCAGGAGGGGCUCUCCCCCGAGGACACUGCUCCCCUUUCUCCUAUUGCCAGCCCUGAAUCCCAGCCAGCCUCUCCUGAGGCCCCUCAUUCUGACCUCAUCUAUCAUGUACUUUGAACUGCCUGAGAUUUGACACCAGCUGGGCCAACAAUCGGGUCCUUCCGAGAAUUCCCAGCAUCAGCAAGGAAAUGCUCCAUUCGAAUAUGAAGCUCUUGGAAUUCUGGUGGACCAAAAAUAUGCAUACAAAGAAAAAUAAAGUCACUUUAUUUGUCCUCUCUCCUCUUUUUAGAAAGCAAAUGAGAUAUUUAACCAAACUACUUUUUAAUACUAUGUACUGUAAUUAUAUGUUGACUUUUAAAUUGUAUGACAUCAUAUCUUAAUUAUCAUAAAGAAUAGAAGCCAAAUAUGUGGAUGUAGAUCCAUGUUUUGAAUUGCUAUAAGAAAAUACCAGAUUAGUUAAAUUAUAUUUCAUAAAAGUACUUUUAAUAAAAAUACAUUAGCUACAUGAUAUCUUGUUUUUUAUCUAUCAUAUUAUAACAUGACAAUAUCUAAAAAAAUAACCACCCUACUCUACAACUAGCCAGGACAAAAUCAACUCUACAAGUAGCUAGGACAAAGCAGUAUGGCUCCAAAGGCAGGUAUUUGGCUUAGGUCAAUGUGUUAUGGUAUCUCUGUUUAUUAUUUUACCACUAGGGGAAGAUAUUUAGAAUGCUUGAUUCAGGUUUCUAAUUUUUUGGGCGAUUACUGCUUUAGACCUACAGUAUUGAAAAAGGCUUUUGGAAGAUAGCAGCAUCUUACAUUUUUGUUACUCUCUUGUUCGUCUUCCACAUCCAGGGUCUCUCAGCCAGUAUUAAGUAUUGAGAUGCUUUGAUGAGCCUCUGUCAUUCUAAAUAUAGGAAAUCAAAGGGGAAGGCAGUAAAGUUCUGGUUUUAUUUUUAUAGUUAUGCUUUUGAUAACAACAAUAAAAAGCUUUGCUGAAUAUUUUUAUGUGAAUUUCUAUUCAAGGUAUGUAAAAUGAUCCUUGGCAUUGGAUUUGAAUAAGUAAUUCUUUAAUGUGACAUUUCCAUUCUUUACAUUCAGAAGACUCAUAGCCUAACAUUUCAAAAAACUUUUGAUCUCUAUGCAACUCAAUGCCUGGAGUAUGCUUUUAUGUUUUGUGAUGGAUAGCUGUUCUUCAGAAGCCAGCUGAGCUAGCCUAUGCCAAAAACUGGACAUUAUAGAU